AUGGACUAUUAUAAUGAUCAUAUGACCAAGAAAUCUAAACGAAACCAACAAACCAAUGAAGAAAAGCUUCAGAAAUAUUUCAACCGAAAGGAGAAUCUAAUACCAGAAGUGUUUCCUUCCAAACAGCCUAUGACUGCAUCACUCGAAUCGGUCGGGUUUGAGACCAAUGAAUUCUCGGAGGAGUCGAGUGACAAACCAAUGUCUGAAAGUCGGAAACGAAAAGAGACCCAAAAGUUUAAAGAUUAUUACGAAAGAGAGGAGAAUUUGGGUCCUUUGAAACAAAUUGGUCUCAAAACUGAUUCCCAACUCCAUAAACCCUAA